GCAGUAAUUUCCUUGGCGCGUAUCGCAGACAGUUUCCCUCCCUCGGGCUGCCCUUUUCUUCGCCGUUGGUCCUCUCGACAUCUUGGUUGCUUGAGCGCCCGCGAACUGCCCGGCUGUUAUCGUUAUCUUGGUUCCGUGGCCGUUUGCGGCGGCCGAUCUCUGCGCCGCAGCGUUGGCGGAACCGCAGCGUCUCAAAAAUUACGGCACGGCCUGCAGCGAAGGGUACAUAGGUCACUGGGAUUGAACGAGAACGACCGGAUUCAAAGAAUGGUGUUGCUCAUCAUGCCACGCGCGUGAAGACGACAGGCGGGGCCGUACCUCCCCCCCGCUAGCCCGGACGACUCUCGGACGACUCGAGGACUGCGCGGAUCUGGAUCUGUUCUGCCCUGCGACUUGCGACUACAGAUACGCUACGCAGUGACGGUCAUGCGGGCCGGCCGCUGGCGCAUGUACCCGUCCCUGUCGCCCACGCUCGGUCGAAAUGGCCCUCCUUAACCCGACCUUCAUCUUUGGCGUUCUCGUCCUGCUCUAUCUCUCGUCAUUCGUUCUUUUUGCCGUCAUUCGCAUCAUCACAGGCGUCUCGAUCCAGCGCGUCGGCUAUUUCUCGCUCCGCCGGCUCGCCUACACCCCGCGCGAUGGCGUCCGCAUCGAGAUCCGCGGCCUGGGCCUCAACGUCCACCGCCCGACUUUCGCCCAACCCACCUGGCUGAGCGUUGUGGUGGACGAGCUUGCUGUGACGGUAGACGCUGAGGAAAUGGAGAGGGCGAAGGCAAAGGAGGCUGCGUCCGAAGACGGGGACUCCGAUUCCGACGUGGCCGAACGAGACUCGAAACCUGCGACACCGAGCACGCCAAGGACGCCGAGGCCUGUGCGGCGGGAUACCGGCUUGGACGAGCGGAGUCAGACAUGGAAGCGGUUGACAAGGGUCAAAGAGCGCAUCAAGCGCCUGCAUCGAAGCCUGAAUUGGCUCCGCAUGGUCGACGUCGUGGCGACCAACUCGACCGUGAGCAUUGCUGGGGUCGGGAGCUUGCAGAUGGGCAGCUUCACCGUUGCCGUUGACACGCGCCGGAAGAUGGUCGAUCGUGCCCGCUUUUUCUUGCCGGGACGGGGGGAGAGGAAGCGACAGAGCGAGCAAGCCGAGUGGAUAAUGACCCUGCGAAGCAUGCUGUUUACGACGGAAGGGGGCGAGGCGCUGGAGGUGCUAGACAUCGCGACCCUGAACAUCCACGGUUAUCUGUACGAAGCUCUCGACGGCCUGCGCGACGCUGCGAUAGCGCUCAAGCUCGGCCGCCUCCAUGUUCCCUACGACGAUGUCCGCAAAAGCAUCGCGCGAUACAAAAAGAUCAGAUCCCAGACCGACCCGGGUUUCGCCCAAGCGGAGCCCGUCGACAUGGUUGUCGACCGCGUGAUUCAGGAGCUUCACGUUCCGGGGAGCACCAACCACGACCUGAUGCAGACCGUUUCCGACUGGAAAGAGCUAGUCAGCUCCGUCCUGCGGGGGAUCAAAGAAGUUCAGUUCGCCGUCAGCUUCAUCGGGCUGACCAAGAAGAUCGACCGCGUCAAACCUGCGGGUUCGCCGAUGCUCCUCACCGCAUCCAUGAAAGAAGUGGGCAUCGAUCUCCAUCGCCUGGAUCCCAAAUCGGCGGCGCAUAGAAUGUACUUCCCUUCCAAGGACAUCGCCCACGAAGCCCUGGCCGCUGCGCUGUCCAUCUCGGUGGCCCUCGACGACGGGCAUGGCAAGCCCGAACGCAUCAUGUACAUCCCAAUGGCUACCACGACGGCCAAAACCACGCUUCCGUCCAAGACGGUGGAGCUGGCCGAUGAGGGCACUGCUGAGCAGCGGAACGCAAACAUCCUCUUUGCCAACUCCGUGGUGACCUCUCCGUCUGUCGAUCUUGACCCCCGCCACCUCCCUCUUCUUUUGGCGCUGCUGCAGCGGAGACCCAAACCGUCAAGAUCUCAGCCUCAGCAGCGGCACAUGCUCAUCUCGCGUCUGCUUCCAAAAGCGAACAUCAAGUUCUCCAUGCACGAGCCGGUUGUGAGGAUAGCGCUUCCGCCGGUCCAGAAAUCAACCGAUCCCGACGACUUUGAUCUCAUCAUCUCAUCCAUAUCCUCCGUGUCUCUGGAUAUGGAGUCUUUCCAUUCCACCGUUGAGGAGCUCCACUACUCCCUGGCUGCGACCAUGAGGGUCCAAACGCACAAUCUGUACUACCAGACCUCGGCAGGGAGCCGAUUCGACCUCCUUGAGACCGAGACUUUUGAACUGAAGGUGCAACUCAACGCUUCGCCGGACGUGCACGUCGUCGCCACUGGAAAUCUCGAGACUUUCACCCUCAAAAUGGUCAGGGAGGAGAUCCGUGAUGGCGUGCGCGAGAUUGUCCGCCAGCUGCGGCUCAACGUCGAGCCCGACAAGCGCGCGGUGUCCAAGACCCCCAAGCACGCCAACUUCCUGCGCGCUCUGCCCGCUUGGCUCCUGCAUUUCCAAUUCCAGUGUUCAGACUGCAGUAUUGAGGUUGCGGGGGUGGACAAGGAGAUUUCCGAAGACUCGCGGGGGUUCGCCAUCCAGCUGGACUCAUGGUCCGCCGACUAUCGCGCCCAGAAACUGGGCGGCUUGGAGAGGCGGCCCUCUCGACGAAGAGCCAGCAGCCGCGGGAUGAUGUCCCCCGAGACGACCGACCUGCUCAAGGCUGUUCCGACAACCCCGCGGAAGAAGUAUCACCACGAAGGCGACGGUCGCCGGAUAUCGCUCCUUGCCCGGGGUUUUGAAGUCUUCAUGGUCGAGUCCGCUGAGAAGUGGGAGUUCGAGCCCUUCGUUAACAUUCCCAAAUUCGAAGUUGCCUUAUCCACCACCAGCGACCAUCAGGGCCCGGUGUUCCAUGUCUACUCGCACAUCAGGACGCUGCUUGUGCAGUACUCCUUGUAUCGCCAUUACGCCGUCGGGGUGGCCCUCUCGAGUCUACGGAGAGCAUUUACGAGGACCAGCAAGACCAGCACCACGGAGCCGAUGACCCCGCCGAUGUCGCCGCAGAGGCGGGUAUUUGGCCACUUGUCACCGACAAUGAAUAACAUGUCCCCUGACCUUUCAUUUGGUGACGCGGAGUCUUGGAGGUCUGCACCAGAGCUAGUCACCGUCGACUUCAGAGCAACCCUCAUCCAGGUGAAGGCUGACUUGCCUUCCGACCCCCCGAUGAUGCUCCGCAUCUAUAACAUGGAGGCAGGCCGUCAUCGGUGGUCGUCGCCGUUCCUACAAGCGAAGCUGAUCCGCCUGUUUGCCGAAGCCCCAAGAAUGCGCCAGGUCUGGGCCAGGGUCGUCGGUAUCAAGAAUCUCCGCCUGGACUACCGCGAGUCACGGCACAAAUCCGCCAGUGGCGGCUUGCGCGAAGAGCGCCUGUUUGACGUCGUCACAGAGAACAUCCGCCUGGCCGUGCCCCACGAGAUGGUGGUGUACAAGAUAACGGACAACUUUGUCAAUACCUUCAAGUCCGUGUUACAGCUCCACCACAGGUUCAAAACCGGCACCAACGAGUAUAUUCUCGAUAAAGGACCGGAAGGCCCGAAGAACGUGCCAAAAGUCUCACUUCGAUCCAAGAAUGUCCUCUUUGAGCUGGAAGACGGCGCGUUCGAGUGGAAGCUUGGCGUCAUCUACCGUGCCGGCCUCGUUGAGAUGAUGCAGCGCCAGGCGCGCGAGGAUGCUUUCCGUAUCAAGGUCAAAAAGAUUCACGAGGAAGAAGCGAAAAGGGGGUUGUCUAAGAAGCUGCGGGCCCGCUCGGCAGCCCCGCAGGGGGAACCCCCAACGCCCGGCGUCUCUCAUGUUCGAAGCCGCAGCGCCGACCGUGAACGGCGGUCUGGCGGUGAAGGGCACAUGCGCGGGCGGGUGCCGAGGUACGAUCCGGAGGGCGCAUCUCAAACCAUCAGCGGAAAUGCUCGCGUGUCCAUCGCUGAGGCAAGGCAUAAACUGAGCCUGCACAACGCCAAGAGCUGGAAGCGGCGCAUUGACCAGCAGUAUGAGCUCGCCAGGAGUGCAGUCAAGGACAUGCGCUCUCACUUCUGGGGCGUCGACGAGAUCCCGGAUGACUUGGAGGACAGCGAGAAAAUCCUGGAGGUGCCACAACGGCCCGCACUCAUGGCCACGCUCAUCAGCGAUCUGCAGGUCGUUGUUGACAAGCCUUCCUUCGCCAUGAAGGACCUGCCGGACUUCCUUCACAAAGUCGGGAAGGGCAUGCCUAGGGACAUGAAGUACACGCUUCUGGUCCCCAUGAGCCUCCAGGUCAGCAUGGGAGAGGCAAGGGUGUCCCUCAGAGAUUAUCCUCUGCCGCUAUUGCAUGUCCCAGCAACCAAGUCUAGCCAAUCUGCUCGCCUGCCCGCCCUUGCCAUGACAACGGACUUUGUCAUUGCGGAGGAAUACCGGGGUGCAGAGUCGACCCGAACGAUCAGGAUUCCAAUCGUGCCGCCGCGCAACGUGGACCCGAUAGCGUCAAACGAGGGGAGCUUCGCCAUCGACGUGCGGAGGACUGUUGGGCCCGUCAAAACCUUCUCAGACAUGACCAUCGACAUCCACUCUGCCAACCCAACACGCAUCACCUGGGGCCCCUCGUAUCAGCCUGCCAUUCAAGACAUGAUGAUGGCCAUCGAGGCUAUGACCAAGCCGCAGCUCGAUCCCUCUGAGAAGGUCGGGUUUUGGGACAAGAUCCGGCUCAACUUCCACUCUCGGAUCAAGGUGGCGUGGCGUGGCGAUGGCGACGUCCAUCUCGCACUGAAGGGUAGCAGGGACCCUUACCAGGUUACCGGCAACGGCGCAGGGUUCCUCAUGUGCUUCCGGAACGAUGUGAGAUGGAACAUCCACAGCGUUGAUGAUCCCAAGCGCUUCAUGUCCGUCGACAGCGGCGAGUAUGUCCUGGCGAUCCCCGAUUACAGCCAUCAAGUUCGCGAGUCGCGCCGUCAACACGGCGAAGACGAGAGCAUCAUGAGCGGCUCUAGCUAUACCUCUGGCGCAGCUUUCAGGAAGGUCGUCGUGAAACUUUCGGGCAAAGUGCAGUGGCUGGCCGGCCUCGUCUUCGAGCGAGCAAUCGAACAAGGCAAUAGGAGCUUCGAGUUCAAGCCGCAUUACGAGGUUGUGCUUAAGUCUCCGCAGCACGCCAAACCUCAGAACGGUCUUCCGUACGACGCCUUCCGCGGCUUCCGCAGCCAGCACAUUCAUCUGUCCGUGGCUGUCCGCGCUCCGGUCGACCGAGAAUGGUCAGCGUCGGUCACUGAGCCCUCACGCAGCUACAACGCUGUCCACCUGACUCCUCGUUUCUUCACCCACUUCUUCGCCUGGUGGUCUCUGUUCUCCGGGCCCCUUUCACUCCCGAUCCGACAGGGCUCGCUCUGGCCGGGCCGGGAAAAGAACAGCAAAAAGUUUGGAAGACAUCUUGCUACUAUCAAGUACAACCUCCUGCUGGCGCCAUUGUUUCUCAGUCACAUCUACAAGCAUAAGGAUGCCGAGGACUACUCUGAAAAUGCAGUUUCGGCGACUGGCAUCAAGGUCCGACUGGACAGCUUUAUCCUCGACUUGCAUCAGAGGCGAGAAGAGUUCAACACGAAGGACCGCGGCCGCAAGACGCAUGCCAAGACAAGCGGCAUGAAGAUACACGCGGGGCAGCUGGAUCUGGUCUCGGCCGAUAUCCGUGCCGUUUCGGCUAGCAUCCGAGGCACAACAGCGGACUCCGUGAGGAGAAACUCGCUCUCGACGUUCAUCACCGAUCAGGAAGGAGACGGCCCCGACCUCUCCCGCUUCACGAUCCCUGACAACGACUUGACGUGGAUCGACAUGGACGACUUUGUCGAGCUGGAUUGGAUCCUUCCGACCGAACCCAACCCCGACACCAAGAUCCUGCCGCUGGCGUUCGCGCCUCGCAUUACCUACUUCCGCCAGACAGACAUCAACGGUGUCAUCGAUGGUGAUCCCGACCGAACGAGCCCGUUCGGCCAGGAACCUACGCACUUCUGCGUCAUGAGCCAGGACGACGACCCUAGGAGGGUGCAAUCUCAGCUCAUCCGCCGGCGGCUAGAGCAGCUAAACGAGCAGAUGGAGACACACAAGCGGACCCUGGGGGAGAUUGAGCUUCGUCUCGUGCGCGGAGAUGCUGCCGACGCGGACCUCCGGGCGGAGCUUGACGCCCUGAACCAGCACACUGCAGUCCUCUCUGGUAAAAAAGCGUUCCUGCUCGGCAUGCUGGACGAGAUGGCGCCGCAUUCCCCUUCAGCCAGCCAAGAUCGGGAGUCCGCAAACUCGGAGGAGUCAUCCGGGCAUUCUCCGAGCCUCGAUGGGAGCGUACCGACGCCUGCCGCUGCAGAGUUCGCUAGCGACUUCAAGAACCGCUUCGUGGUGCACAACAUGCAGCUGAAAUGGAACAACACUCUGAGGAACAUCAUCCUGCGCUACAUCCAUCAGGUCGGGCAGCGCAGGGGUUUCAUGUACUACCUCUCCCGUCCCGCGGUCAAGUUCAUCCUGGAUCUCGUGGAAGAACAGGCCAAGUCCAAGAAUGGUAAAGGCGGGGGCGUCUCGACCCCAGGAGGCGCGGGCGGCACUCCGGAUGCCAACGUGGCAGACCGCACUGCUGAGAAGGACAUCGAGGCCCGCAUUCAGAGGAUUUUGCAGGACAGCAAGAAGUUCACGAGCUGCGACAACGACGAUGGUGCCCACCCAUCCAUGGCCGAUCUCUCGAGCGGCAUCGCGGACGAGUUCACGACGCAGAGCAGCUACCACGUCCACCUGAUCGCGCCGCAAAUCCAGCUGCAGAGCGAUAAGAACAAGAAACACGUCCUCCUCAGCGCCUCCAAGGGCAUGGAGCUCAAGGUGGUGGACGUCAUGGACAAGAGCAGGAUGUCGGACGACGUCAGCGGUCUGGUCCAGCGACGGUUCCUCGUCACCAUGGACAGCACGCAGUUCUUCGUAACUCAUCAGAAGUGGUUCUCGACGCAGCUGGUGUCCAUGUACUCGGGAAAUACCUACGGCACCCCCUCGGGCUCGUCGUGGCCGCCCUGGGUCCCGAUGGAGGUGAUGUUCGACUUCCAGUCCGACCCCUUCGGUUUCAAGCGUGUCGUGCAGAAGACGUCGGCCAUGCUGCGCUACGACAAGUUCAACACGCUUCGUCUCAAGUACAACGAGGAGGUCAACACCAGCGAGGCCACCGGCGCCGCCGUGCCGGACGCCACCGAGAGCAGGACGGACAACCUCUGGGUCGAGUUCCCGCAGGCCCAUGCACUGUGCAACUCGUCGCAGUACUAUGCGAUCUACGUGAUUGUGCUGGACCUGCUCAUGUACAGUGAGCCGCUGGAGAAGACGCGGAACGAAAGGCUGGAGAAGAUCAUGCUUGCCUCCGACUUCAGCGACCUUAGGGGAGUCCCGGAGAUGGUUAUCAAGCUCCAGGAGCGGGUGCGGCAGCUGGAGGAGAUCAAGACGCACUUCCAGGUCCAUUCCAGGCAACUGGACGAGCAGGGCUGGAAGGACCGGGAGGUCCUCGAGGGCGACCUGGCGGCUUGCGAGGACGAGCUGUUCUUCAUGAUGAAGGCCAUCACCUCGUCGCAGAAGAAGUUUGACAACAGCACCAGCACCGCGCUCCUGAAGUGGAGCAUCAUGGCCAAGGAGAUCGUCUGGCAACUCAUCCGCGACAACAACGAGCCGCUCGUCGAGUUGCAGCUCAAGGACGUCGAGUACGACCGGAUCGACAACUCGGACGGGUCGCACAUCAACCUGAUCCAAGUGGGCAGGAUCCUCGGGCUCAACCUGCUGCCGGACGCCAUUUACCCCACCAUGGUGGCGCCGUAUGUCGACAGAGAUCGGGGCGCAUUCGACCCGGCGACGCAGCCGAUGAUCCGGGUGUACUGGAACAUGCUCGAGGCCAUUGCCGGUAUCCCCGUCAUGGAUCAUUUCGAGGUGACGCUGUUCCCGCUUAAGAUCCAGCUGGAGCGGGAGAUCGGCAAGAAGUUGUUCGAGUACAUCUUCCCAGGCACGGAUGGCGGCGAGGGCUCCAACGGCAAGAACGACUCGCCGUUUAUGCUCAAGCAAUCUGCCCCAGGGGAGGACGAAGACGAGGCUGACGAGGAGGACACGACCGAGCCUGUCCGACUUGGGACUGCCUAUAAAGACAAGGACGACGCGCCCUUUGCGACGCGGGCAGGAUCUCUCGAGCUCCGUCUGCGACCCACGCUCACAUCUGAUCCCGACGAAGCAUCCGUGAAGCAGAAGGCACUCAGCAUCCACUCGGGCGAGGGCACCUCGUUCCGGCUCUUCCGAUCCGGCACUGGGUUUAAGUCGUUGAACAAGAAGCAGUCGCAUGACUCUCUGCGCGUGAGCACCCCGCUACCUGGCGUCGGCCGGUCGUCCACAGGGUUCUCGUCCAAAGACGGCGCCUCGAUCAGCAGCGACUCCAAGAAGUCGUCGCGCUUCACGCUGCGACACAGGUCCACCGAGCCUGAGAAGGCCAAGCACUCGGACGACCUGUCCAAGAUGAUGGAUCGCGCGUCCAACUACAUGACCUUCGCCUACAUCAAGUUGCCCUCGGUCGUGCUCUGCCUCAGCUACAAGGGCAAGGGCGACCGCAACCUCGAGGAUGUGCACGACUUUGUUUUCCGGCUGCCGACCAUCGAGUACCGCAACAAGACGUGGUCCAACCUCGACCUCGCGCUGGCACUCAAGAGCCGCGUCAUCAAAGCGCUCAUCAGCCACACGGGCGCCAUCAUCGGCAACAAGUUCUCCAAGCACCGGCCCAACACGGCCCAACAAUCCAAGCUGCGCGAGCUCGCCACCAACUCGGUCCUCCUCGGCACGCCGACGGCCACCCUCACGCCGACCUCGGCCUCGGUCGACUCACGCGAAGCCAGCGGCGACGACUCGUCCUCGAUCAACUCGUACGCCUAUACCUACGGCGCCGCCAACCCCUCCGCCUCCUCGCCCGCCGUCGCCGCCGCCACCGCCCCUCCCAUCGACUUUUCCCGCUCCCCGCCCCGCUCCAUCCGGCGCUCCCAGACCUCUAUCCCCCUCCCCUCGUCCGCCACGAGCCGCAGCUCGAGCGUGGCCUCGUCGGCGCGCUCACACCGCUCCGGACGGCUCGCCCUCGGCAACCACGUCUCGGUGCAGGCGCAGGGUCACGGUCCUGUACCACUGAGCGCGGGCGGUGGCGGUGGCGGCGGAGCUGCAGUGCCCGGGUUCGUGGUCGCGCCGCCUACGCCUCUGUCUGUGACCCCCCCCGGGCCGCCUGACGGGCAGGGUUUGGGGAGAAGCAGCAGCAGCAGGAGCAGCGGCGGUGGUGGGAAUAGUAAGAGUGGCGGUGGUGGUGGUGGAUUGGGCGCGCUGCUCCGUCCGGCGUCGGCGGGCAGCUGGUCGAGGCCGUUCGGUAAUAACAGUAGCGGCGGCGGCACCGCGGCAGGAGGAGGAGGCGGGAGUCAUAGUCCUGGGAAUCACAGUCAGGGCCCCACCAGCCGGCCGGGGAGUAGUAGCAGUGGCUUGGCUGUGGGAUCGGCGUCGGCGCUGACACGGUCGACUACGGAGGGCGGCAGCAAGUCAGAUGAGAGUCCCGAGCGGAGGAGGACCGGGCGCGGCGGUGCGGGGCUGAGAGAUAAGAUCCAGGCGCUGGCGAACCGGCUGAAGGAGAGGGAGAACACGGUGGUGCUGGUUGGUGGCGGUGAUGGCGCUGAGAAAGGGGCGGAUGAGGGGGAGGAGGAGAACGUGGUGAGCAGGAAGUUGACGAGCGCGAGCUCGAGUAGUCGGGCGAGAGGGUAAUGGGCUUGGGCUCAUACACCAUGGUGGUGGAUGGUGAUGUAAAUAAUUGUUUUUCUUUUUACACGUGUUGUUGGUGGUUUGGGAGAGGCGAAAUACCUUAUAUUAGAGGGAGUGGGAGGCGGCGAGCUGCUUUUAUGGUCUUGCAUUGUUCAGGCGCAUUGGUGGUUUUUUUUGAUUCUAGUCUUACCUAGGAAAUGGCGCUCUGCUUCAGUUGGCUAGCAAUAGAUGCCGGCGGUAUUUUGACUUUGAUUUUGCAUCUGCCCAAGCACCUUGCCUACUGUGACGAGAGAACGACACUGCGUGAGUGAGCGUGGGGCAUGAGUGCUUG